CGUUGGUCGCGAAUCUUAGGCACGGUCGCAGCAGGCCAGCUACCCUUCGGCUCCGCUCAAUCAGGGCCAUCCCGAGCGCCUGUUCAUUGCGCGACUAGCGCUGCGACAGCAUGCGCGGCCACGAGCCACGAUGAGGAGUCGCACCCGUCGUUUGCCUGGUUUACUGCGCAACCGCCAUCCAUGGAAGGCUCCAUCGUAGCAGAGCCGUUAAACCCGCCCCGGGGCUUCAAUUGGGUGUACCUGGUGGAGCUGUUGAUAUGCAGCAUCCUGACCGUCUUCUUCCUCUUCUACUUCAACCGCCUGUUCGCGACACUUGUGUCGUACGCCAUCCGAGCCUACACAUGGCGCGCCUACCGCACCUACAUCGACAUCCAAGCCCUACAGAUCUCACUCCUCGGCGGUCGCAUCUUCUUCAAGGACGUUCGCUACCACGGACACAACGAGACCAUCCUGGUGCACAAUGGAUACAUCACCUGGAACUACUGGCUGCGGCGAGUGAGAGACGCCGAGGUUUACACGACCGACCGUCCACCCGCCUUGGACGCGGACACAAGCGACGGAGCAUCGAGCAGUGCACCUUCGGGAAGUCGGAGCAGAAACGUAGAUAGGGCUGAAAAAGGAGGCAAGAAUCCGCAAAAACGCCUCCCGUGUCGCUUCUCCGUCAAGAUUUCAGGUCUUGAGGCGUUUCUAUACAAUCGCACACCAGCUUACGAUGGCAUCAUCGACGCUAUACGGAACAAAGCCAAUAGUACGGGCGCAGAAGAGGGGGGACCGUUGGACCACGAGAACACAAGUACUGGAAACAAUGUCUUGUUUAGGACCUCGACGGAGAUGUCCGAAGACCAAAGACAGCAAAUGAAUAAGCUGAGGAAAGCCCCAGCAAAAGAAGAAGGCGUGACCCGUCCCGGCACCGACACUACCGACGAUGGCAAAACCGACGGUCUACCUGCGUUCCUGAAGCUACUGCCUGUAUAUGUAGAGUGCAAUAAAGGCGCCAUUAUCAUCGGAAACGAGCACACCAUGUCCGUCAUCACUGCUCAGUUCGAGAAAGCAACCGGUGAUUUCGACGCCGCCCCAAGCAGCCCCCUGGAUGCAUACCAACAAGUCUUCAAUUUCCAGGUCACUCACCCUGUAGUGCACAUGAAGCCCAAUCCGGACUAUAAGAGCCCCCAACUCGACGCUGCCAGACGAUUGAAGCAGGAAGAACAACAGGGUGUACUGGAGCAAGAGGAGACGAGCGAAAAGCCUAAGCAGCAAAGCUUUCGCCUUCCGCGUUUCCCUAAACUAUUUUCCAAGUCAUCCGACUCCAUUCACACCCACCAUGGGGAAACUACUGGCAGAAGAGCGAGUAUGUUUGUCCCACAAUGGCAUUUUCCGGGGCAAGAGAAAUGGAGGGGACUUUCUCGUUACAUGGAAGACGACCAGACUGAUGGGCAUGGAGAAUGGGAUGGCGUUGAAUAUGCUAGGACGUCUCUCAUUGCAGAUUGUCCGUGUGUUAAUGUGAGCUUCUACUGGGACGUUGCCGGUAAAGUGCCCACGUUGUUAGACAACAGCAUGUACACUGAGCCUACGAAUUCCGGGGAUAUUAAUGGCGCUACUCCACCAGAGUACGGCGUGGAUAUACAAGUCUAUGGUGGUACAAUCAAUUAUGGACCGUGGACUGACCGACAUCGUGGCAUCUUCCAGUCGUUCUUCUUCCCUGGCGCCCAUGUGGAUGCGCAACCCGCAUCUGCUCUCCAGCCUGGUGAUACCAGAGUGCUUACUGUUUUCAAACUGUAUUUGAGCAUCGAGGAUGAGACUGUACUACGGAUUCCGAUUCGGGAGCCAUCGAAGGACUGGAAGUGGAAAGGCAAAGCCAAGACACUCGGUGGGCAAGACAAACAAGCUUCGGACAAGACAAAAGGGCGAACAAGGUCACGAAAGAAGUACGGAAGGACGAAACAACGAGACGCCGCGUCUUCUGGGCAGAACAUGCGCCCCUUUGGCUGGAUUGAUGUCAAGGUCGCGGGUAACUCUUCUGUCAACUACGUAAUGGAUAUGGUCGCAUCCCGGCAUGGCUUCAACAACAAAUUGGAUGUCGAUAUUGCCGGAGCAGAAAUAUCCUCCAGCGUUAAUCAUGGCCUUUUGUGGCGAUCGGGUGCAAUCGGGCUGGAUUGCGACUUGUCCAACCCUCUCAGCUGGAACAGCUUGAGGAAAUGGAAGUUCAACAUUUCCUGUCGAGAUCUGGAGCUUUUCCUGCUGAGAGAUCAUCUAUUCCUGCUGACCGACCUCGUCGCUGAUUGGGGUUCUGGUCCACCAGCCAACUACUUCACGUUUCUCCCUUUCCAAUACCUACUCAAUGUCGAUUUCACCAACUUCAAACUCUAUCUGAACACGAACGACUCCAACAUCAUCAACAACCCGUCCGAACUCGAUGAGAAUAAUUUUGUCGUUCUCUUCGGCCAACGACUGCACGGGGAUGUUCAUAUCCCGCUAGACAAAUUCAGACCGUUGCAGAACGAGAUCAAAUUCGACGUGAAAGGUCAGCAUCUGGGUCUCGAGGUCUGCAUGCCGCCCAAGAAUACGCUGCACACUUGGGUGCACUCCAAUAAGGUUGCACAAUUGACGGGAUUGACGUUGAAUGGAAGCUAUACGCUCAUGACCGAAACUUCGGCUAUGAAUACCGACAGACUCUUCAUGGACAUUCGAGGAGACAAAUUAUACCUAGAGCUGUAUGGCUGGCUCGUGCAUCACUUCAUGCAAAUCAAGGAAAAUUACUUUGGUGAUGACCUUCACUUCAGAACCCUGGAAGAAUUUCAAGGCUUGCAGAGUCAUAGUUUGGCGAUGGAUACGACGACCCCUAAUGGCCAACCACCGAAGGUCUCAAAUGACCUCGAUGUUAUCCUUUCGGUUUCAGCUGAGAACGCAAGCAUACUUCUUCCUGCCAAUUUGUACUCGGCCGAGACCGGCCUUCGAGCAGAACUACCCUUUGCGCACUGUGACCUGAGGUUCACAAACUACUACAUGGAUCUCCUAGUGGACUUUAGCCCCAUCAGUCUCUCGGUUGGUAGUGAUGUAACGAGCCCAGGCCUUGCUCAUGAUGCUGGUGGGCAGACCGAAGUGUUCAUCGAGUCGCUCACCAUUGCCGGUCAUCGGCUUUUCGGGCUUCCGCCUACCGAGCCAACGUACGUCUGCAAUUGGGACUUCGACCUUGGGACCGUCUCAGGGGAGUGCACGCCGAACUUCUUAUCGAAGGCCGCUAAGUCCAUCAAUUGUUUUGUGUUCAGCCUAGACGACGACGAAAACACUUUGCCUAUCACCAAUCCAUUGAUCAUACACGACUCCACGUUCCUUCGCUUACGAACUCAUGACAUACGAGUGUGGCUGCACGUCGACAAACAAGUUGUCCUUGUUAGCACCGGGCCGGUCAAGCUGGACUUUAAUGAUCUUGCUGGGGACACGUUUUCUCGCCGCCUCGAUGCUUGGAUUCCCAACCUGAGUGUGAGCGCCAUUGACGAACGAGCUGCGUUGCGAUAUGGCAGUCGGGGCAGAGACACCCAAAAAAUCAAAGUUCAAGCCUUUCUCGAGACAAGUGUGUCUUUCACCCUGUUUAAUCGUAAACUGGACUUUAGCAAGGAGCGACGCAAGCAGCACACGCAUAUGCUCGAACAUGACCAAAGAACGAACCGCGCGCAGUUUAUGUACAUGAACCAUGCGACGCACCAGCUACCCACCCACCAAGAAGUAAGGCCACCUGCGAUGCAGUUUCCUGAGAUACCCCAACCGAUAUUUCUAAAUCAACCGGGUGGAUCAGUAACCGAUGCGUCGUCUGGGUACUCAUCUGGAUCUGCAUCUUCUAGGGGACGCUCCAUCCGGACUCGUUCACUUGCUUCUUCUUCAAGCGGUUCAUUUAUAAACAGUAUACGCUCUGUUCGUAGGCAUAGAGAGGGCACAGCGACACAAUCAUCUAGCAAAAGCCGGACACUACGCGGCUCUCCUGCAAGGGCGGACAGCUCCAACGGUCAUCGCACACACUAUGAUGCGAAAGAGAGGGUGCCUGGUGGCUUGCCAUCAUCUGUGGCGCUAGCAAGUCCGCUUGCAGUGCCUACUUCCAGCUUAGAUUUAAUCGACAUGGACAAGUCCGAGGUCCCAACAUUCCCAGAUCUCCCACCCCGGCCUCGCAUGGACAGAGAAGACGCAAUACAGUUCAAUGACGUCUCUACAAAGCACUUCGAUGAAAGCUUCGAGCAUACCAGUCUCAUUAUCGAAGCAGAACCUGGUAUACGCCUCUACUGUACUCCGGAAUUUGUACGUUGUAUAUCAGGUUUGGUCAGCACACUCCAACCGCGCGAACCUCAAGAUCUUUUAGAUGAUUUCCAGAUAAGCGCAAUGACCGCAAUAUUGGACCGACAAAAGCGCCGUGAAGGCAAAGGCAAAUCGAUUGAGUUCAGUGUACGUGUACCCUGGACACACAUCCGCUUCCACAAUGCUUUCGGUCCCCAUCUGGGCGCACAAGCGGGCAUAGACCAGUAUGAUGUCAUCUUGAACCGGCUCCAAGUCGCUGUACGAGAUAAGAAGCUUGUUGGGGAGAGGACUGGCGAAAGCUCAAUCUCAGCACACACCACCCUGGGAUCCCUUGGGAUUUCCGUCACUGAGAGGAAAAUGGACGGCACCGGCGAUGAUGUUGCAGUCCAGGCUGAAGUCAAUGAUCUGCUUGUAUGGAUGCUGCAGAACAAGGAGACCCACGUUCAUGUAAACUCGAAAGCUUUCGAACUUGCCACUGCUAGCCGAAAGAUCGAUUACAUGGCGUCACUCAUUCAUCGUAGUACAAUAUUGGGCGAAGAAUUGGCGACCAGAUUCGUAAGCAUCGAAGACACGCAGCAGAGCCGCUUGCGGUACCUUGCUCUACGUCUCACGACUGCGCAAGUCCAACGUCAAGACCCCGCCUUCUUGACCAAGGCAUCUUUCGCGCUUCGUGCGGUCAGAGACCACUUACGUAGCCACGACUCUUGGAAGAUCAUCUCGAGAUUUAGGUACAUAUGGCAGACCUUGUCCGAUCACGAGAAACGACGGAUCCGUGAUCACUGCACCGUCAAUUCUGUCAGGUGCCCGGCGGAUGCAGAAGAAAGAAUUGUCUCGAUGUGGGAUCAAUGGCGCACAUGGGAUCUGGCUCAUGUCAAAAAGAGUUUGGCCAUGCAAAUGCUGUUCGGGUCUGCCAUUAUGGAACAUCCGGAGGAAGCAGCCCCGUCUCCAAUAUACAUUGACAUCCGCUCUGCCGGCAUCAAGGCCAUACUCGACCCAGGCGUCACACAAAGUGAAGUAGCACUCCAUAUCCUCGCCAUCAGUAUUGGAUUAAUCCCACCGGCCGAACCGGCAGGUCUCAUGCUGGUGGGCGCUGAGAUUCCGAAACGUACCACGAUAGUGCAGAUCAACUCGGGAGAGACUGCCGUUCGUGUUCAUUGGGAAAUCUGCGAGUUGAUGGACAUACUUAUCAACAUGUUCGAAAAGGAGAACACCAAGCAGUUCAGAGCUCUAGAAGCCCAGUCUGCUUGCCCAACUAAGGGAAAGAAACAGGAGGUCGAGACUAGCCUGCAGUUUGUGUACGUGACAGAGAAGGCUACCAUUGCGCUCGACACGAUCAAUCUACGCAAUUUACUUAUUGGCCGGCGGUUCCGCUUCUCUGCAGUGAACGAAGAUAGCCGCCCUUCAAAGCAAGGCAUCACGACAACCGUCAUCGUACAUCUCGAACAGGCUGUUACGGAAUUGCUGUCUCGGUCUCGUCUACUCUUAAGAUCGCAAUUUGACUCGCCUAGCGUUUACUUUGCCUACCAUCAAUUCGAAGACAGAGACUCUGUACCAGAUGAGAUCAAGGUUGCUGGCGCAAGCCGGAAGAUCGAAGUACGGCUUGAAGAACAUGUGCUUGGCCUGCUUGAAGUAGCGGACUCCGUGCUUCGUGAUGAAGUUGCCUACUUCCAUGAGCAAGCGAUGCUCAUCAAGAGUUCACUGCGACCUAAGCUUGAGCAAACCGACCGUCCCAAAUUGACACAAUUGCCCAACAUCAGUUUGGCUUUGUUGAUGGACAGAUAUGCUAUUCAUUUAGCAUUGCUUGAGUCACUGAGUUGGUCCAUGACCGGUUCCGCUGGUCGCGUCUCUGUUGUACCCUCUAUGGGUAAAAACGUGACUCUUCGCGUGGACUACGACUUGGCCUCGUGUCACCACCGGAUGUUUAGCAAGACUGCGAAUGCCUCUAACCUCAUCAGCUCUCUUGAAUUUCCGCCAAUUAAUGGACGCUUAUCGGUUACGAACACGGAAACCCAAACGAAGAUAUCUGCUGCAGGCAUCAUCGAGACUAUUCAGCUGCAGGCAUCGGAAGUACAAGCGCUUGUGGCGACGAUCAACAAGCCAGAGAUCACGAAUGUCGUUCGCGCCGUUAGCGAAGAUAUCGAUGUGCUCACCGCCCGUUUCCGAGAAAUCAUACCCCAAGACAACCGUAAACCUGUCAUCAAAACGCCCGAGUCUUCCAGAGAGAUAGUUUUCGGCAUUCAAAUGACACUAUCGGGUAUCAGCGUUCUAGCAAGUGCCCCUGGACAGCAUGCAGACUCACCAAUGGCGAACCUUUCUGUCCGUCUAUCUUCUAUCCAACUGCGAGCGACUAACACCGACCGCAAUGGUGCUAUACUCCACUUAGCAGAAGCUAUCGUGCUUCUCCAAGAUAUCAGCGUAGACCUUACUUUGUCCGACAAGAACUCUAUUCGUCGCUGCGGCAACAUCAGUUUUGCGGCAGUACUCCAUGUCACAGCGGAGCAGAAUGCGCAGCCUCCUCGCAGAGUUUACCGCUUGAAGAGUUCUGGCCUGGCGGUCAACAUGUUUGCCGACACCGCAUCUGCAGUAGUAGAUGUUAUGAACCAUUUACAAGACAAGAUCAAGGAUCUCGAUCUGUCAGUGGAGAAAAAAUACCUGAAGAAACUCCGGCACGCCAAGAGUAAACAUUCCCACAAGGGCGACGCAAGCACAUUGAGUGUCACAGAGACCGACGCCGAGAGUGUGAGCUCCGGUGCUCUGUUCACUUCCACCUACUCCCUCGAGCUUCUCGACAUCUAUGUUAGCUGGAUCGUAGGCAAUUCCAUCGAACCGUAUCCGAAGACGGAAUCCGAGGAUCUUGUGCUUUCGUUUAGAAGGAUCGAUCUCUCGACACGCAAAGACGACGCGGCUCGCUUGACGAUUGAGGAUAUGCAAUUGCAAAUGGUUCCAGUCUCGGCAAGUAAAACUGAGAGAUCGGCUAACUCCGCAUUGCUUCCCGAAGUGGUUUUCAACGUGGCCUACGGUUCAACCAAAGACACUCGAAAAGUGGCUUUCCAUGCCGCGGGCAAGUCGCUGCAUCUUCAACUCGAUUCGCGCUUCAUUCUUCCAGCAAAUAUCAUACAACGGUCAAUAACUUUGGCCGGUAAGAAGUUCAGGGCCGCUUCGGCCAACUGGAGUAUGACGCCAACAACAGAUGGCGCUCAACGAAAGAAUCCGUUCGGGAACAAACGUCUGGCCUCUUUAUCGGUCGAUGCAAGUUUCGCAGGAGCCGUGGUGCACAUCAAUGGGAGCGACACGCCGCACACUUCGACCUCUACUGGCAAAGAGAGCAAAUCUCAACAAAAGGGCAGAUACAGUCAAUUUGUCGGGGAUGCUUCCAAGAGCAGCCUAGUACUUCGCGCACCAGGUAUUGCGCUCAAGGUGGAGAAUGAAGACGAUGGCCAAGACCCGACACUGAAAGCCGAGGUGCGAAUCGACGCCUCAAGUAACACUCUAUUUCCCACCGUUGUGCCUGUCAUCAUCGAGAUGUCCGAGAGCAUCAAGGAGGUUGUUCGCGAAAAGGAUGAGGACUCGCCACUCUCGCCGGCGACUUCCAUGCCACAGAACGACACAAAACCUGGAGUAAAGCUGUUGGAGGAGGACAAUCUCAUCAGCGUCGACCCUAGUUCGAUUUUGGGCCGGAAACGUUUGAAUCUCGGCGUCCGCAUUUGCAAACAAGAGUUCAGUCUCAGUUGCCAGCCUAUUGCCCGCGUUGCCGCGAUAGCCAAGCUUGAGGACAUCUACAUCACCGUGAACAGCGUCAAGUCACAAGAGCACGGUCACUUCUUUGCUGCGUCUGCGGCUUUUGAAAAGCUCGAGGCUACCGUUCAGCACGUCUAUUCUCGAGAGUCAACUUUCGGAUUCAAUGUUGAUUCCAUCAUUCUGUCUCUGAUGAACAGCAAGCAUUUGAGCGGUACGAGCGGGAUAUCGGCUAUUCUGAAGAUCAACCCAACGGCACUACAGAUCAAUGCCCGGCAACUUCAAGAUUUCUUGCUUUUCAGAGAAAUUUGGGUACCGCCGGAGAUUCGACGAUCAUCAAACCCAGCUCCAGCGACUGCGAGCCAGGAACCACAGGAAUAUCUCAUGCAAAGAUACCAGCAAGUCACUGCUGCAACUGCUUUCCCGUGGAACGCCAACGUCGCUAUCGCCGAUGUUUCUGUGGAUCUCGAUCUGGGACAGUCGAUUGGAAAAUCAUCGCUGCGGAUCCAGAACAUGUGGGCGUCGUCCAAGAAAAGCGUCGAUUGGGAACAAAAUCUGUGCGUUGGCAUUGAGAAGAUCGGCAUCGAGAGCACUGGUCGCACGAGUGGCUUCGUCGAUCUGACUGGUGUUAAGAUUCGCACGUCUAUUAGUUGGCCUUCUCAAGACCAAGCUACUCGGCAAACGCCCCUCAUACAAGCAUCGGUUGGUUUCGGACAAUUGCAGGUCAAGGCUGGGUUCGACUAUCAAUCCUUUUUGAUCGCGUACAUAGUCAAUUUCGACUUCCUCAUGUACAAUGUCCGCGAACACCACCGGGGAAAGCGCGACCGUCUCGUCGCGAUCCUUGACGGUGACAAGGCGCACGUUCUUUGCACCGCUACCAGCGCAGCCCAAGGCUUAGCGCUCUGGCAAGCUAUCGAGCGCCUCAUCCAGGAAAACCAGCAAGCGUACAAGCAGUCCCUCAAAGACAUCGAGAAGUUCCUCCGCCGCAAGUCUUCUGUAGCGGCGCCAUACGCACGCUCCGCGUCCCAGAGCGUGAUCGCUCCCAAGCCCGACACCGACGCAGCCAAGACCCCAAUCUCCCUCCACACAGACGUCGUCGUCACUCUCCGCUCCAUCAGCCUCGGGAUCUUCCCCUCCACCUUUGUCGACACGCAGAUCCUUCACCUCGAAGCCGCCGAUGCCCAAGCACGCUUCACCGUCGCGCUCGAAAAGGGCAAAAUCCACUCCACCCUCGGCAUGACGCUCGGCCAGCUCUCCGUCGCUCUGUCCCCAGUCCAGGCACCCAAGAAAGCGAAGCCCGUCGGCGAGCUCACGGUCGAGGACAUCAUAUCCUCCGCGAAAAGCGCAAAGGGCGGGACUAUCCUCCGCGUGCCCAAGGUCAUUGCGACGAUGCACACGUGGCAGAAGCCGCGUAGCAACCACAUUGACUAUGUCUUUAAGAGCAGUCUCGAGGGCAAGGUGGACGUCGGGUGGAACUACAGCCGCAUCAGCUACAUCCGCACCAUGUGGGGGAACCACACGCGUACGCUGGCGAGUCGGCUGGGGAAACCGCUGCCAGAGCCCAACAUCAAGAUCACGUCGUCACAAGCUCAGCCAGCGGCGCCUCAGGCUUCUUCGUCGGCGACGCAGACCCCAGACACCAAAGAAACCCCCGCGCCAGUUCAAGCACAAGGCCAGGAAAAAAUUACUGCUGUUGUCAACGUCCCGCAGAGCAAGUACGAGUACACGGCGCUAGAGCCCCCGCUCAUCGAGACGCCGCAGCUCCGCGACAUGGGCGAGGCGACGCCGCCGCUCGAGUGGAUCGGGCUGCAUCGCGAUCGGCUGCCGAAUGUGACGCAUCAAAUUGUGAUUGUGACGCUGCUGGAGUUGGCGCGGGAGGUAGAGGAGGCGUAUGAGCGGAUUUUAGGGAGCUCGUAGGGAGUUGGACUAGGAGAUAGUGUGGGAAAGGGAUGGGAAUUGUUUCAUAGGGCGUUCCAUGGACUUAAGGUGGGAUAAAAGGCAGUUCUUUUCCUGUGCGGUUCUAGGUCUUGUAGUAUACCAAGCGUGAUUGCAUGCGGAU